ACUACUCUCUUUGUUUUCAAAAAGGAAGAUAAAGCUGCCUGACUCUCUCAGUUAGCAAAGCAGUGUAUUCUCAUCCAUGGACCUCAGUCCAGCAAUUUCUCUAUCAACAACACUCUCUCUUCUCUCUCCAAUUUCACCCUCUUCUUCAUCUCUACCACCAUUCUCUCUCUCCCGUCGUUGCCACCACCUACGCCGCUGCAAUCUUAGCCGGAGUUUUUGUCUCCCACCGGCCGUACAAUUGUCCACUAGUAGAGAAGAUGAAGAGGAAAUUGGAGGGUCUGAAUUUGAUGAAGAAGAUGAUUAUGCUGAAGAUGAAGACACCCUUGAUGUUGAUUCACUAGAACGUGAAGCCCAACUUGUGGUUCGAGAAUUUUCCGACUCUUUGUCUCAACAACUCAUUAUAGAAGACGAGAGAUCUAGUCCAAAAGAAGCACAAGUAAAGGAGAAGAGACGUAAAAAUACCUCAAAAAAUAUCCCUGAUCACCUUCUUCCUAAGGUGGCGAUUGUUGGAAGACCGAACGUUGGUAAAUCAGCACUGUUUAAUCGUCUUGUUGGGGGGAAGAAGGCAAUUGUGGUAGAUGAACCUGGGGUAACAAGGGAUCGCUUGUAUGGUAGAGCAUUUUGGGGAAACUAUGAAUUUAUGGUGGUGGAUACUGGAGGUGUGCUUACUAUUUCGAAAUCACAGACUGAUCUAAUGGAAGAAUUAGCUGUCUCAACAACAAUUGGAAUGGAGGGCAUUCCACUUGCUACCAGGGAGGCUGCUGUUGCUAGAAUGCCUACUAUGAUUGAGAAACAAGCUACUGUGGCUGUUGAAGAGUCAUCGGUCAUUAUAUUCCUUGUCGAUGGCCAGGCAGGUCUAAAUGCUGCUGAUGUGGAGAUAGCAGAUUGGCUACGCAAGCACUACUCAGACAAAUGCAUUAUUCUUGCUGUAAACAAGUGUGAAUCUCCGCGCAAAGGAAUCACACAAGCAUCAGAGUUUUGGUCUUUGGGGUUUGACCCCCUUCCAAUAUCUGCUUUAUCUGGAACUGGAACUGGAGAGCUUCUAGAUCUUGUUUGUUCAGGGAUAAAGAAAGUUGAGGGGCCAGAAUAUCUUGAAGAAGAAAAUUAUGUCCCUGCAAUAGCAAUUGUUGGUCGUCCAAAUGUUGGUAAAAGUAGUAUUUUGAAUGCUUUAGUCGGAGAGGACAGAACAAUUGUUAGCCCUGUUAGUGGAACUACUCGUGAUGCUAUAGAUACAGAAUUCACUGGACCAGAUGGACAGAAGUUCCGGCUUAUAGAUACUGCUGGAAUAAGAAAAAAGGCUGCAGUGGCUUCAUCAGGUAGCAUACCAGAGGCUUUAUCGGUAAAUCAAGCAUUUCGUGCGAUUCGUCGGUCAGAUGUUGUGGCUCUUGUUAUUGAGGCUAUGGCUUGCAUCACCGAACAGGAUUGCAAAAUUGCAGAAAGGAUAGAGAGAGAAGGGAAGGGUUGCCUCAUCGUUGUGAACAAGUGGGAUACAAUCCCAAACAAGAACCAGGAAACUACUGUAUUUUACGAGGAAGAUGUUAGACGGAAGGUUCGUGCUCUGAGUUGGGCACCUAUUGUGUAUUCAACAGCAAUAGCUGGGCACAGUGUUGAAAAGAUCAUUGUCUCUGCUGCUGCAGUGGAAAAAGAGAGAUCAAGAAGAUUGACUACUGCGAUAUUGAAUCAAGUUGUGCGAGAAGCUGUUGCAUUUAAAGCACCUCCUAGGACUAGAGGUGGAAAAAGAGGGCGUGUUUAUUAUAGCACUCAGGCUGCUAUUCGACCACCUACAUUUGUCUUCUUUGUUAACGAUGCAAAACUCUUUUCAGAGACAUACCGUCGUUACAUGGAAAAGCAACUGAGGACAAGUGCAGGGUUUGCAGGCACUCCAAUUCGACUUUUGUGGCGCAGCAGGAGAAAAAUGGAAAAGAGUGAUGGCAAGGGUCCUUCAACAAAGAUGCAAGAGAACUUCACGGACAUAGAGAGAAGUUUGGCCGUCCCAGCAUGAAAUCAUGGUACUAUUGAGAAAUGGAAUUAACUUGGAGAAAUUAAGCGCCUGUAUGAAAAAGAUGAUCAAGCUGUUCCCUUCAUUGCCCAUUCUGGAAGAGCUACCAAGUGAGUUUGAUCACUAUAUUCCACUGUUAAGUCUUAAUGAAAGGAAGUGGCACUCACUUUGAGUGGUUGCUCUAUGAUCAUUGGUGAUCAUAUGUUGCUAGAAGAGCCAAGAGGAAGUGAAUUCAAGCAGUUGCAUGUGAUUCUCCCAAACUUUUGUUUGUUUGUCAACUCAUUACUGAUCGAAAAAAAUGACGACAAACAUGUGGGAGUUAUGUUUCAUAUUGUAAUACAAUCAAACCUCAGUUAUAAUUUUAGAUGUCAAAUAGCAUUUAUAUGGUAAUUAUUUCAUCAUGUUCCAGUUAAAAAAAUACAUUUGUGAGUAUACGA